ACACUACCCAGACUGCACAUACCGGAAGCUCUGGAGAGAAGCAUGGACUCCGAAGGGUUGAAGUGGUGUCUAAUUCUCCAGCUUCUACUGCCUCAUUGCUUCUUGGAGACCAGGAUUCAAGGUCAAUUAGCAGAUAAAAAAUUCGCGCUCUCUGGCAGCAAUGUGAGUCUUCAAAUCUCCAAUUUGCCUAAGAACUACCUACGUCUCACCUGGUUUUACACUACCAACCAGAAAAUUCUAGAAUGGGAGACCAACCAGCCUACUCCUAACUACUACAAAACUAAGUUUAAGGACAGAGUCACACUUGAUCUUCAAAAUGGCACACUCCACAUCUAUGAUGUCCAGGAAGAAGACAGCAGCACCUACAUCCUGAAGGUGACGUUGCCGUCUACGUUUGAAGAGGAAUGGAGCUUCCCAUUGCAAGUGUUUGAUCCUGUACCUAAACCUGACAUAACAAUCGAGAAGACACAGGAAAUGAACAACAGGUGUUAUCUGAUCCUGUCAUGUUCGGCCCGAAAUCAGUCUGUUAACUACACCUGGUAUGGGGACUCAGGACCCAUUUCAGAAGGGCUCCAGGGUGGUGUGCUUAAUAUCACCGUUAUACCUCAGAACUCCUCCAAGUUUUACAGAUGCGAAGCCAGCAAUCCUGUGAGCCAAAACAAUGACACGGUCUACUUCAUUCCACCCUGCAAACUGGCCCGAUCCUCUGGAGUAGCUUGGAUUCCAAUGUGGCUCAUGGUCAUGGUACCCACCAUUCUUGGCCUCCUAUUGAUCUGAGACAAGCUCUUCUAACUCAAGGGUGAAACUGAAAGACUGCAGGAUCUUGUCUUCAACAGCAACCAUGCUCUUAACCCGAGUAGAAGCUCUGGUUCUAUGGAAUGGAGAAAAUGUAUUGAAGCACCUAUAAAGAGUUUCAAAUUAAAAUUUUAAAAAUCAUGACUACAACCCAGCUGGCAUGGCUCAGUGGUUGAACCCUGACCUGUGAACCAGGAAGUCAUGGUUUGAUUCCUGGUCAGGGCGCAUGUCCAGGUUG